UAAAAUACCAGUUCCAGUAUUUUGGUGCAUUAGUUGGUGCGGCUGUAUUUAUUUACAAAUUGUCUUGAGCGGGAAAAAGCAUUGAGAAAAUUGUUGAUUAAGGUUAUUUUUAUAAAACAAGAAAGUACGCCAUGUCUGAAACAGUAAUAACAGACUACCUUGCCAAGAUACAUGCCGAGGUCGAGGAGAGCAUACGGAUAAGCAUACUCGAUGACAGCGAGAAGGAACUGGCUCUCAAAUUGUUUCAGAAAUUCAAGGUCACCCCUGCGGAUCUGCAGCGAGAGUACAGCCCGGAGGAGGUGAGGGAGCUCUGUUUGCGUACGAAAGUACGCGUUAACAUGAGUGACCUCAACUGCUUAUGGGACGCCAAAAAGCGGCUGGGUCGCCGUUUGGAAAAUCGCUCGGAGAGCUACAUCAACCGCAUGCUCAUCAAGUCGGUGGUCAGGAAAAUGGUGGAACCGUACACUGAUGAAGAAGUGGCUUAUAUCAAUCUCAUCAAAAGAGGCUGGCUAAAGAAGCGGAACAUCAUAAGACUGGAUAAAUGGAAGACUGAACGUGAGUUUCCGUAUUUGUGGGACCUUUUACCGCAAUUGGACUCGUCGGGGGAUAUGUGGAGCUGGUUGGAUAUUUUCUAAAUGUGCCCGAUCUGCCCGAUUAUGUGUAGGCGGGCCUACAGAUCAACUCGGAGGGCAUAUCUCUGUCACAGCCAUCUCAGCCAGUCGGAGCAGACAGUGAGGAAGUAUCUGUGUGUUUUGGCGGAUUGUUUAUAAAAUAAGCUUUAAAUAAA